GGUUCCGAAGCACCUACAAAUCAACUGAGAAUGAUGACGAGCUGCGCAUGACAUCAUUAUCACCAUGGCAUCAUUUGUGACGGAGGUUUUGGCCACAGCAGGCCAGCUUGAAAAACAAGACAUAACGUCAAAGCUAGGACGUCUCUCAAAGAGAAUAGAAGAGGUGAAAGCGGAAGUGUAUGAUAGUCUACAGAAACACUAUGGUGAUUUUUACCCAAAUCUUGAUGCUACCAUUGAGCUGAGUAGCAAGGUGAAUGCUGUCUCUAAUGAUAUGCAGACUGUCACUGGGAAGAUAGAACGAGAACUACAAGCCCAACUGAAUCUCUCAACAAGUGAGUUUCACGAUCUGUCAACCCAGCUUGAAGAAACAAAUGGAAUCGUAGCAAUCCUUGACAAACUUGUUGUAGUCCACGAUGCUCUUCAUGCUGUCGAUAUAGCCUUACAGAAGAAGGAAUUCAUCUUGGCGGUAACAAAUCUCAACAAAAUCGACCAGAUUCUGGAAACAUCAACAUUUGACCGUGAAAAUGAAAUCAAGAUAAUUAAAAGUUUGCAUACUGAACAUCGGGUUCAAAGUGAAAAAUUGAAAUUGGCACUUGGCGAGGCUUGGCAGGAUAAUGUUGUUUGGACCAUACCACUUGAUCAUGAUUCAGAAUCUGUGAAGAAAGCAGGAAUAUUUCUGAAGUUCUUAACGACAAACACUAGUAAAAAUGAUUUAAAAAAUGUUGUUCAAGCAAUGAAUGACGUAAACAUUUUGAAAAUGAAAUUGAAAUCAUUCGCUAGUAAGUUGAUGGAACACGUCAUCGACCCUGUCAUUAAGUACAAAAAUGCUGACAUUAAAAUUGAAAAAUCUGACCACUCUAUUAGCUUACAAAUCCAAGACCCCAAGGAUUUAACAAUAGCUUCUCCAGAAGAUGUUGCCAAAAAGCUUGACGCACUCUUCAGUUUCAUCAGUGAAGGUCCUCUUGGUAUUCCUAUAGAAAAUGUAGAAGGACAAGAUGCAAAAUGUACAUCUAUACGUAUCCUGGGACAGAUAAUGGCUGAUGAGCUCAUAGAAAAAGUCAUAAAACAGUGCCUAGCAAAUGCCAUCCCAACAAAUCGAAAGGAUUUAGACAGUUUUAGCUCUGUGAUCGACACAACUGAAUGCUUCCAGGGUAAAUUAAUCGCAAUUAAUUUUAUAGAUGCAUCCAAUAAAACCCUCAGUGAAUACGUAAAUGAAAUCAAUGUUCUUUUUGCCAACAAGAAAUGCCAAGAAAUUCUCGAUCAAGCCCGUGAGUUGAUGAAGCUAGAGAUUCAUAAUAUGGUCCCAAUAUCUCCUGAUGACCCACUGGGGGCUCUUCCACCACCCUCUAAUGUCCUGGUGGAUGGAAAAACGAAGACAGAAAUUAACCUUCCCAAGGAGGCCCAGCUUAGCACGAACACAUUCAAGAUGCCUAAGUGUUAUAUAAGCCAGUCUGUACAGAAGAUCAUGAUUCUGGCAUAUGAGACUCUACAAGAGGCCAGUGUUAGUUCCCCAGAGUGUGCAGUCCAGUUGUUCUACUCCAUCAGGAACAUGUUUGAACUCUACUGCUGCGUUGUACCAACUUAUCAUAAAGAUAGCCUGGUCAAGCUGCCCCAAAUCGCUGCUCUCCAUCACAAUAACUGCUUAUAUAUAGCGCACCACCUGAUGACACUAGGGUUCCAGUUCAAACUGAGGCUGCCUAAACCAUUGAACAGUGGUGCAUCUACGUUUGUUGAUAUGGUACCAAAGUUGAGACGUCUCGGGGCUGAGUGUUUUAUGGAACAGAUGUCAGCACAGAGAACAGUUCUCCUAGAGUACAUACAAGGUGCUAAAGGAUUUGAUGGAGUCGCUGAUGAACAGAACUUCAUGGCAGCUGAACGUGCAAUUAAACAAUGUCUGCAUCAGUUGCAACACGUCAGCAAAGUCUGGAAUGAAGUUCUGCCCGUGAACAUCUAUUCAAAGAGCAUGGGUACCCUACUUAACACAGUGAUAUCAGAAAUCAUCGGCUCCGUUACACAACUUGAAGAUAUAUCAGCAGAGGAUGCUACACAGCUUCAUAUGCUCCUCACAAUGAUUGGAGAUCGCGGAUUGGAGCUCUUCAAAUUCACCGGUGAAGAAGAGCAUGCGAGAAUGAACUUGAAUAAAAGUGUUCAAAAGUGGCAGAAAUUCAUGGAGUUGAUGUUAGUGCUGAACGCCAGUUUACAUGAUAUUGCUGAUCGUUGGACUGAUGGGAAGGGUCCUUUGGCACAUGAGUUCUCUGCUGGAGAAAUUAAACAAUUAAUCAGGGCGUUGUUUCAGAAUACAGAUAGGAGAUCAGCCAUUUUGGCUAAGAUUAAAUAAACAGUUUGACCGUCACUAUAUACAGAUAUGAUUUGAAUAUAAUUCUGGCCUGGUUUGGGGAUAUGCUAUUGUUCAUAGAUACAUCCAGAAGAAAAUGGUUCUAGAUUGUACUAGAUUUUUUG